AUGAAUGGAAAUGAAACUAAAAAUACCCUUACUACACCUUUGAUGGGAGGUGGUGGUAUUAGGAGUAAAAAAGGUACUUUUAUAUUAUAAAAGCAAGGAAGCUAUAAUUUGGAUAGUGUAAAUACAAAUAAGAAUGAAAAGUAAUCCAAAGUAUCAAUAAAUGAGAAGUCAUCAAAAAUAAUUAAAUAAGGAUCCUUGAACAUUACCCACGAUCAUCACUCUAACUCUCCUUAAAAUUAGCAAAAUCUAGAGUAAUAAAAAAUAGGAAGUGAGGCAAAAGCAAAUAGUUAAGCAAAUAUUAGUAUAAAUGCGGGAAGAGAAAGCAAUUUCCAUCAAAGCAAUAUCAGAAGUUCAAAAGAAAUAGGACAUGAGUAAUCACGCAAGAGUAGUUUACAUACUAGAAGAUUGACAAAUUAAUAUUACAUUGUUAGGAAAGAAUUUGAUCCUUUCAAGUCACCCCCAGAUUUAAGCUUAGCAGAAAAUCAUAAAAAAGCUAGGUUAGUUGGUUGGGCAACAGAAGAAUAAAAAUUAAACUAAGAAAAUUAUUGUCCUUGCUGUUAUUCAAUUAUUGAAAAAAACCAGUUUAACAUUUCAUGUGAUGAAAAAGAAUUGGCGUUUUUAGGAGUUGGAUAUGCAUAAAUAUUUCUCCUUAACAAAUUCUUUGGAUUUCUAAUAGUAGUUAUAUUUGUUCUUGGUGGCUCUCUUCUGCUUUUUGUUAAAAAUUAAAUUAAUUGCUAUGACAAGUGUCUUUCCAUAUUAGGUAUUGGUAUAAUGGCAAAUAAAGAGGAUGAUAUAGAGCAGAUGCAUCCUUUUCUUUAAAUUCUAAUGGCAAUGUUUAUCAUAGCAUCUAUAUUAUAUGCAAAGAAAAGAAUAUAAAAAAGAAUAACUAAAUUUAAUGAAGGAUAUGUUUCACCCUGUGAAUAUACAAUAAUGGUUUAAAAUCUGCCUCUUGAUGCUCGAAAGGAAGAAUUAAAGCGUCAUUUUUAAAAGUUAAUGAAUCGUCAAAUAAUAACUGUUAAUAUGGCAUACGAUAUUGAAAAAUACAAUGAGGCUAUUGACUCUAAAUCAGAAGAUAUCCUUACAUACAAUACAAAUAAAUAUCAAAUUAAAUAACUCUAAACCUAGUUAGAAUCACAGCAGGGAUUAACUGAAUCAAAAAAAGAAAAAAUAAUGAAUAAAAUUAAUUAAAUAUAAGGAAAAAAUGAAUUUCUAUUAUCAGAAAUGAAAAUCAAUGAUGAAUUUAUUGAUAGAUUUGAAAAAGACUGUGAUAAUGAUAGAGACCCUUCUAAGUUUUUAGGAACAGCCUUCAUUACUUUUAACGAUACUGUGCCAGUUAAUUCGAUUGUAGAUGAGUGGGGAUACACUUGGAUUAACAUUUUAAAGUUUAUUUUCUUUAGAUGGGUAACUCCACCAUUUAUUGAGUACAAAGAAAAACUCUUGAUUAUUAGAAAAGCACCAGCUCCUGCUGAUAUUAUCUGGGAAAAUUUGAGAUUUUCGUUGCCUAAAAAUAUUGCAAAUAAUACAUUUAUGCUUUGCUUCAGUUUUAUCAUUCUUUAUAUUUGCUUUAAAAUUCAAUUUUUGGUUAUGUACUACAUUUACCCUCUUAAAAAGCAAAGUUACGAAGAGCACUCCUUCAUACUUAUGAUUAGAGGAAGUCUUCUUAGUAUAUGUGUAGUUAUUGUAAAUCUUGCUUUGAGAAAUACAAUGUAUCAUUUCACCAAAUUUUAAAGAUUCGAUCAUCACACAAAAUUACUGAAUGCCUAUAUUAACAAGUAUAUCUUUUUAUACUUUUUUAAUAGUGCAUUUAUGCCUUAUGUAGUUCAUGCUUAGUUAGAUUAAGGAAAUAUUAAUAUUGAAUUAUUAGUUUGGGAUAUUCACUUUAUUAUUAUUGCAACUUCUAUUUCUACACCUUUAUCUAAAGUGUUUGACCCUGUGAUGUUCUAUAAACUCUACAAGCGCUGGCGUAUAAAAUCCUAUCCUCCAGAAGAUUGCCCUUAUACUCAAAAAGAGGCUAACAUGUGGUUUGAAGGCCAUCCUAUAGAAAUAGCUGAUAGCUAUGCAUAUAUAGCCAGAAAUCUUUUUUUAAGUGCUUGGUAUGCUUAAGUAGCUCCAUUUGGAAUAAUAUUUUCAAUGCUUGGAUUAAUUUGCAAUCAUUAUAUAGAUAAAUAUUGCCUUUUAAGGAUUCACCCAACUCCAGAACUUAUCACAGAAGAAGUUUACAGUAAAGUCAUUUUUGCUCUUGACUUAAUACCAUUUAUUUAUCUUUGUGGUUGUAUUGAAUACAACUUAAAAAAUAUUGAAUCAACUAAUGUAUUUGCUAUCAUAUUUAACUUUAUAACUGAAGGAGGCGCUAUAGUUGGCUUAUUUUUGAGCUUAAUAUGUAUUAUUUUCCAUUAUAAACGUAAAACUAAAGCAAAAGGCGCAUAAAAAGAAAACCGCCCAUAUAACGAAGUGAGAACUCUUUUCCCCACUGAGUAUGAUAGAUGCAAUCCAGUCACUGCUUCAAAAGCAAGCAUUGAAUAUAUCAAAUUUUUGUACAACUAAAAAGCUGUAUACUUAUCAGCUAAUAUGCAGGAAAUGAUUGGUGUGUAAUCUCAUAAAAAAGGUAGUAAAAAAAAGAGAAAAUCUAAAAAAUAAAUAGUUGAUGGCACAAAUCUUAAUCAUUUAUUAAAGUCAGGAUCCUAACAGUACUAAGAAAAGUUUUUAUUAAAUCAUUAAUAAUCAAAAUCAAAACUAUUAUCAUCUCAAAACUUGUAACAAUAUUCCUCCUAUUCUUCUUCUUCCGAUAGCGACUCUGAAUCUUCUGACAGUGAUAGCAGUAACAAUAAUGAUUAGAAUGAGACUAAAAAAGAUAUUGAACUUAAUCCCAUUCAACUACCUAAAAACAUAGAAGAAAGCAAUACUUAUCAAGCAAAUGAUGAUUAAAGCAACAAAGCCAGAAACGGAACUCUCUUUUAUUAGAGAUAAAGUAUUCCAACGAUAGCAUCUUCAUUUCAAAAUUUUAUUCAUGGCCAUUCUACCUUUUACAUAGAACAUACACUAGUUCCUCAUAAUUAAGAAUCUUCAGAAUCAGAUAAGCCUUUAGAUAUAAAUAUUUAAAAAGUUGAAUCUAAAUCUAUUGAAAAUGAAGAAGAGUUAAAAACUUACCUUGAAAAAAAUAAACAAAUUGAGAGCUUAAAAAAUAUUCAAGAAGAAAAUAAACAAACAAAAGAAUGA